GAAGGGCGGCCGGCCCCGCGCUGUCGGCCCCGCGCUGCCCUCGCCGUCCCUCGCCCUGCCGCUCGGGCCCUUCGCGCUGCUGAUCUGGUACUGCCCGAGUGGAGCGGGGCGCUGGCUGGAACCGCGCGGUGGUGAGAACAUGGCGGUUGCUUGAGGCUGUCCCUGCCGGCCCGCGCCACGGCAGCACGGAGUCUGAUUCUUGUGUUAGAAAGCAGCGAUGGUCGGUCUGUGAAAUGAGCGGGAAAUAUGAUUACAGCUGGUCAAGCAGUCCUGUAACCUUCAAGCAGUUCUUAACUGGCUAAAGAGCUUUAUAAGCUCUAGUGGUUACUCUGUGUUGUGGUUCAAUUUGCAGCUCCUAACUUGGAAAGCAAGUGCAGUCAGUAAUACUAGUGCAGCUGUAGCUUUCAUCAAGUAACUCACCAAACAUGACUUUGAGAAACGGUUUUCAAAUCUUCCUCAGGGUUAGACAGCUAAAAAUCUCCAUCUAGUAAAGAUGGAGACUGCCAUGUAGCAAAAGUAAGUCUACUACUGGGAACACUCCUGUCUUAGUGGUUCUGAUUAACUUCUUAAAGGUAAUUCCCAGGCAUGGCUUCCUGUUCGCCCUGCAGCCUGCCCACCAUGAGCUGAAACCACUGCUUUGAGGAGUUGUUAGUACAGAAAUAACUUAACGUACAUGCAUGUAUAAUAACUAAGGAAAACGGUGAUUUUUCGUGUAGUUAGGUAUUUUGUGUUUUCUGUUUUUUUUUUAUCAAACAUUAUAGGGGGAAAAAUCUUUACAUAAUACAUGUUGAGACAAUUCAGUAGUUAUGGCAAAGGAUAAAAAGAAAGAUGGCAAGAAGGCAGAAAAACCUGUACGUUCUCCUAUUCCUGCACAAGAUACUACAGCUGAGGGUAGUUCAACAAAGCUGUCAGAUUUGCAGACCUUAGUGAAUGAAGUGGAAGAAACACAGGCAAAUCCAGUGAUACCAGAUAAAGAACCAGCAGAGGUAGAGGAACCUCCAGUCCAAGAUGUUCCUCAAUACUAUGAGGAGCCUAUUCUUCAAGUUAUUGUGAAAAGCUAUGAAGGUGAAAAAGUCCGUGGAUUGUAUGAGGGUGAAGGAUUUGCAUAUUUUGAGGGCGGAAAUACAUAUAAGGGCAUGUUUUCUCAAGGGUUUAUGCAUGGACAUGGGACUUACACGUGGGCUGAUGGAGUGAAGUAUGAGGGAACGUUUGUUAAGAACGUGCAGAUGUUUAAUGGUCGUUAUACAUGGAAUGAUGGCAGCAUUUAUGAAGGAGCAAUUGAAAAUGGAGUUAGGCAUGGAUUUGGAUUUUUCAGGAGCGGUACUCGUCCUGUUUCUUACAUUGGCUACUGGUAUAAAGGCAAAAGACAUGGAAAGGGUACCGUUUAUUAUGAUCAGGAACACACCUCUUGGUAUUCAGGCGACUGGGUAAAUAAUGUCAAAGAAGGAUGGGGAAUGAGAUGCUAUAAAUCUGGAAAUAUCUAUGAAGGUCAGUGGGAGAAAAAUGUACGUCAUGGAAAAGGAAGAAUGAGAUGGUUGACAGAUAAUCAAGAGUAUAUGGGACAGUGGGAAUAUGGCAUACAGCAUGGAUAUGGCACCCACAUAUGGUUUUUGAAGAGAAAGCCUGUAUCUCAGUAUCCUUUAAGGAAUGAAUACAUAGGUGAUUUUGUAAAUGGGGAACGACAUGGACAUGGGAAGUUCGUAUAUGCCGGUGGAGCAGUGUACGAUGGUGAAUGGGUUUGUAAUAAGAAGCAUGGCAAGGGCAAGUUUGUCUUCAAGAAAGGUUAUGUUUAUGAAGGAGAGUUCAUAGAUGAUCAUAUAAUAGACUAUCCUGCUUUUCAAGUGGAUGCAAUGAAUGCAGAAGAGCUGAAUGCCAUUUGCACAGGAAGUCAUUUUGGCACUAAAAAUACUUCUGUUCUGGGAUCAAAUAUUGAGUUGGAUAUAUGUUCACUGCUUGACUUGUUGCCAGAGGAAGAGAGACAUGAAGAACUGAAACAAGUAAAAUUUGCUGUGUUGAGGCAUAUUACAGAACUGAGAAGAGUUUACACCUUCUACAGUGGCUUAGGCUGUGAUCAUUCUCUUGAUAACACCUUCCUCAUGACUAAACUCCAAUUUUGGAGAUUUCUGAAGGACUGCAAGUUUCAUCACUCCAACAUAACUCUUGCUGAAAUGGAUCGGAUAUUGAGUGGUGAUAAAACACAACUUGAGGAGAUACAUUGUCCACAUGAGACUUUACUGUUCAGAACAUUUUUAUCUUACCUUAUUCAUCUAGCAUUUCAUAUCUACCAUGAAGAGCAAAAAGAGAAAGGUCCUUAUCUGCAUAAGUGUUUCUCAGAAAUGAUGUCCAGGAAUGUUAUUCCCGCUGCCUGCCAUAUCCAAGGUAUCUUAUUUUCUGAAGAACGAUGUACAGUUUUUGCCAUGAGCUAUAUUGGCAAAUGCUGGGAAAUAUACAGAGCUUUUUGUAGACCGAGCAGCAGACCUCCAUUUGAACCCACAAUGACAAUGAGGCACUUCCUUUGGAUGUUGAACGAUUUUAAACUUCUCAGCAAACAAUUAACUGCUUCCAGACUUGUGGAAAUACUUGUCAAAGAUGGUCCGUCCCUACAAGAUAGCAGUAGUAUCAACCUGGAGCCGGAGUUGGUUUUUCUUGAAUUUGUUGAAGCUCUUCUUGAUUGUGCAUUGGUGUAUGUUACCAGUGAUAUGAUUAAGGAACAAGUAGCUUGUGAUAAUCGGAAAAGAAGUAGCUUUAGAAUUGAAGGUCUUUCCGAGGGAACCACAACUGUUUCUCUGUAUCCGGAACAUUCUGUGACCCAGUACAGCAGAAGUACAAUCGGUACAGACUUAAAUGAUGACAUUUCUGAGUCAACUGAGCUUUACACUUGCUCAUGGUUGUCUUCAAGCAAAAGUGUCAUAUCACAAGAUGAAGUAAAGAAACAUGAGUCACUGAGACCUUCUGAAGACAGAGGGCAGCCUCUUCAAGGAUUUCUACUGGAUACUUCUCUCUCCUUUCACACAACUCAUGGAGGUAUCAAAGAUGUUCCGUCAUUGUUCAGGUGGGAUGCAGCAAAAGAACAAGAUUUCUCGCCAGCAAAGGAAUUGACAGAUGAACCAAAUGAAGGCACAACUGAACAAGAUGAGGAAUUUAGUCUGUGGAUGUGUCAGGUGCAGAUCUUUUUUACAACUAAGCUCUUGCCUGCCUACCAGCAUGAAAAAGUGCUGAGGGAAAAAAUAAAAGAAAAUCGAAUACGAGAUGCUGAAUUAGCUGAGCUGAGAAAGAUCAAGGAUGAAGAGCUGGCAGAACUUAUUGCUGGAAGAGAAGCAGAAGAGGCAAAAAGCCAAGAAGCAGCUGCAACAGAAAAAGCAUUCGAUUCCAAGAAUGCAGAUUUUAAGGAGUUAGAGGAGCCUGUCACACAAUUAGUAACAACGAGGAGUGCUACGAGGGGCCCCUCUUCCUUCCAAGGGGGCACUAAGGUGCCUGCUGGCAAAAAGAGAAAGAAGAAAUAAAUUUUCAGAUGAGCACUGCUAAAGCUUCAAAGGUCAGGUUUUACAUUGCACCAACUACUGUGUGACCCUCUGGAAUGAACUGUGUGUGGAAUACGUACUCAAAAUACAUGUACUCCUCCCAAACAUUUUGCCCUUGAGGAAG